CAAUAUUUGGACAAUAAUUCACAAAUACAAACGAAACGCUACAGUGUGCUACAGUGCUGUAACAGUAAUUUGGCACCUCCCAAAUUCCCCAACUAAACAAGGCCCAGAUUCCAAUCGCAUUGUCGACUUCAUUACCGAGGUUGUCUUCCCAGCUAGCACACGCGAUCACGACAGUAAUUAGCUGGACUAAUCCAACAGUCCUCUAAUCCUCCUACUAUACCAGGCCUCUGGCCUCUCUAUGUCUUACGUAGCCAUCCAUGCAAACGAUCCUGUCGAGCUGUUUGCUCUAACCAAGCUUCAUCAGUUUGUUAUUAGUCGGUUCAUCACACCAGGCGGCACCACCCAAAGAUAGCAAAAGGAAGGCCAUGCAGUUGCCGGGCACUGCCGUCCUCCCUCCCUAUAAAUGUCCAGCGCCAGCAUUCGCCAUGGUUAGGCCAGGCCUAGGCGACUUCCCUUUGACCUUUCUUCUCCCGAACUAGCUACCCUUCAUCAACCCAUACCUCCUCCAUCGGUUCAUAGAUUUGUACUGAUACUAGAUAUCUCCCUCCCAUACUGUGUAACCAACGCCCGCCUGCAUAUAUACCGGCAAGUUACCGCGAUACAUGCUCAGAGAGAUGAUGGUGUUCGAGGAUGCAGCCCGCAUGGUGAUCCCGGAUGGCUUCGGCAUUGAGGGCAUUUCAAGCCCCAUAGCUGCCCAUAUUCUUGACUUCUGUGACGAAGGCCUUGGUGAUGACCUCUUUGCUGCAGUGACUACUACCUCCAACCCAUUUCCAGCCUGCUCUGAUGAUGUUUCAUCGUCUACCACUACCACUCCUCCUGUCUGCAGCUACAGUGAUGAAACUCCAGCUGUUGUACCCACAGCGUACUCCCCAUUGCCCUCCUUCGACUCCACUCUUACGGCCCUCCUUGAGCAAGAGCAACAUGGACUUGAGACCGAGCUCCUUCCCCCGAUCGAUGGGCUUUCAGAAGUAGCAUACUAUCCACAUGCCACCAAUGAGGCCACCAUAGAGCAAUUCAGCCAAAUGGAACUUCCAGGGACAAUUGCAGAACAAGUGCCUCCAAUGCAAAUGAGCACCAGUGCACCUGCCUUGAUGCCAAUCGCUUCAGACUAUGAUGAGUGCUUCACAGCGGCACUAGCUGGAGGGUUCAUGGGUCUGGAUGGAACCAUGUUUCAGCAAGCAGGAGCAAUUCUUACGAACUGCAAUGCAGAGGCACCACAAAGAGGAUUUUUCAGUAGUGCAAGUGAUAGUAGCAAUAGUAUGGCGAUGAUUGGCGAAUAUCAGAAGUUGAUGGAAGGUGACACAGAGUCCAUGCAAGGGGCAUUUAAUAAUGCAGAGAUGCAGGUAGGAGGAAAUAAUCAACACCUGACAAAUGGAUGCAAUGGGAACCCAGCAACAUUAACUCCAACAGAGCUAUCAGGCUUGGAGGAUUCGACAUUCAAGGUUGUCCGAUUGUCACCUGAAGAGAGAAAGGAAAAGAUUCAUAGGUACAUCAAGAAACGAAACGAGAGAAAUUUCAGCAAAAAAAUAAAGUACGCUUGUAGAAAAACCUUGGCAGAUAGCAGGCCCCGUGUCCGCGGAAGGUUUGCAAAGAAUGAUGAACUCUGUGAAGCAGCACAAUCAAGCUCCCACAGUCAUGAACAUUAUGAACAAACUAACCGUAUGAAAGAAGAAGGCAUGAUGGACACAUCUGAUAUUCUUGCACAUCUAAGUGGGUUAAAUCCCUACAACUACAAGUACAAAUGCACCAUUGAGUCCUGGAUAUGAUUCUCAAGUCUCAACCAUGCAAACUAAGAACCCAGUGUUUUUGUUUCAAGUUGUGCAACCAUUGAGCACAGUUUUUCCACUUCCACUAAAAUAAGCUUACAGCAUUAGAAGCUCACUUGCAGGACAAGUACUUAGUUCAAGUUCAAUUUUAAUGUAGAAUUAAUGUAUGUGUAAUCUGCUGUCCCUUGUUUGCCAUUCUCACAUGUGAAUGUGGUAGUUAGUCUCCAAAACAGUGAUUUGUGUAUAUAACUAUGCCCUUUAUAGAAAUAAAGAGUUCCCUGGAUUUCUUGGACAC